CAGUGGCCACUGCGUGAAUCGACAACUCGUCUAGCAUCUGCGAGAAAUAUGAACGCUUGGGUCAUCGUAUUAGCACUCGGUGUCUUCGCAACAACGGCAACAGCAGGGGGCUACGGCGGUGGCCAUGGUGCCAUCAUCUUGGCCGGGCAUGGUGGUGGUUAUGGCGGAGGCGGACAUGGCGGUUACAGCAAAGUGGUGCCUGGACCCUCAUUCCUAGUGAGCACUGUGCACCAUGUGCACAAGAUUAGCCACGGUGGGCCCGUUCUUGGUGGCUAUGACUUGGUAGGCCACGGUGGAGGACAUGGAGGAGGCUACGGAGGUGGCUACGGCGGAUAUGGUGGACAUGGAUGGUAAUUCAGCUCACCUGAAUGAUCUGCGCUCUCAGUACACAUUCGCCAAUCAUUCUGAAGUUGAUGCACAAGUGCCAGCGCAUUUCAAAACAUUUCCCUUGCAAAAAUAAGGCUGUACAUAGGCAAUAAAGAAAGCUUUUUUU